AACCAACCCCAGGAACCCGGAAGCAGCUGACCGUGAAAACAUGCUGUCAUAGUCCCUGCGCCCUAGGUGAGCAUCGGUCGUGCAAGCACGUGUUAUUUGUGUCACGAUGGAGCAGAACAACGACUACUUGGAUGCGGCGUUCAAGGAGAUUUACGACGAGAUCGAUCGACUUAGCUACGUUCCGGUUGAGGGUGCAAAUCUGGAACCGUUGGACUGUAAGAUCGUUAGGAAGUGUGAUGAUCAUCAGCGGGGUGACUUUCUGCGGGACGAAGACGUCGAGGAGUUGAUACAGUACUCGAAAAAGUUCGUCGAGCAGACGAGAAACGAACUGCUUCCGGCGGUUGGGUUUAGGGAUGUUCAAGAGCACGCGGUGCAGUGUGUGCGGAGUGAGAAGAAGUGCAACAAGAAGCUGAACACUCCGCCAAAGUGGGCGACGAGUGGUGGACAGAAAGAAGCGGCCGCCACGAAUCGCGCCACUGCUAUUAGGAUAGUGAAGAAGAUUCCGCCGACGGGUGGCAGGAAGAAACUAUUGGAUGAAUCUCCCGGGACGCUGAACAACCAGAGGCCGCCAAGUCAGGCGAAAACGGUUCGGAAUGUCGGCGUCAACGUUAACUUCAUCAAGCAGAAGACGGCCAAGCAGCAGAACAGCGUGGUAUCGACGGCAACGACCAACGUUACGAAGACGCCGCCGGUGAUCAAGAAACCGGUGACGCCACAGUCGUCCGGAAGAAUCUACCGAUUCUACAGCAGUAAAUUGAACCCGGAGCAAGUUUGGGAGCAGCAGCAUCCCGAACUUGGAUACGAAAGUUCCGAACGAAGCAUCUUUCCGAGAAGACUCAAGAAGAGUGAUUUGCUGGCGAAGCAGGCGGAACUGCCUGCUACGGCUGAGAAGAAGGAGCUCAAAGUGGUUCAUCUGACGCAAGAAUUGGUUUCUGAAGAAGUUCCGGAUGUUGAACCGAUUGCUCAGACUCAACCAGAUGAACAGAAGGCUGCAAGUGUAACACCAGAACCGGUAGUGGUAGAAGAACCUGAACUUCCAAAAACGCCAGCCAUCACGAAGCACGUGAUUCCGACGAUCUGCAUUAAAGGAGACUGGAAGGCGAACCUCAAGGUACAAGAAGCCUGCAGGAUCAACAUUCUGGACAAGAAACAGGAAGGUGAUCCAUGUCCACGCAACUUGAAAUACCUGGAAAUCAGGUAUGGAUUGUCGGAAGAUCCAAUCGCUUCCACUGUUGACCAGAAGGAUAACCUAGAAGUUCAUACUAGUCCAAAAGAACCAAAGAAACCUGCAGAACAACCCCAGCUAACUCUGUCGUUUAGAGUACCGAAAUCUGCUCCCAAAUCAACUAAGAAAGGAACUUCAACAAACAAAGCAUCUUCCACAAACCGAUACUUGCAACCAUUUUUGGAUCUGAAAAAGUGCAAGGUAACUGCACAGCCGAACCUGUUCCUGCAACCAACCGAUAGCGAUCCAAGCAGUUCCGACAGUGACCAAAAGUUCGUCCUGGAGUCCGACUCAAGCGACAGCUCCCCAGAGGACGAUCUAAACCUGUUGCCCUUCAAGUGUGAUCCCAGUCCGAAAAAGGUUCCAAACAUUGAAGCAUCUUUCAACGAACUCUCCAGCGUUCCACGGUUGGUAAGUCCAGCCAAAUCCGUCCAGCUGCAAGUUCCAUCGCCCCCAUGCCGAUUUAAUUCACCACCCAAAACUCCUUCACCGGCUUCCUCCAUCCGAGACGUUGAUCCCGUAACUUCCCAGAUGGAAGCCCCCGCCUCGUCCAAGUUCCUAGAGAAUCUCCGCAUCUGGAGGUCCGCCAUCGCGGUGCAGUCCGACAACAUGAAGCUCGGCCAUCAGCUGACGGAAAAUCUGGACGUGCUGAAGCAGAACAUGGAGGUGAUCGCCGGAGAGACGCAGAACAUCACCCGCAUCACCCGUAACUGCGAGCAGAACCUCAAGCAGAUCGAAGGACUGAAAGAGCGCUACCGACAGAACUUGAGCUCUCCCGCGGCAUCCAAUCGGCAUCUCGGAGAAGGCUGUACCUGCUUCGGCUGCCAGCCGGCAAGCAGUCCCGCGGCGGAGCCCGCGUUCGACACGAAAAACUUCCAACGGGUUGUGCUGCAGCAGAGUCCGCGGUAUGCUAAAACGAUCCGGAAGAUCUGCGAGGACGGCCGGAGCCGAUCGUUCAAGACGAGUGGAGCCGGUUCGGCGGUUGACGCGAAACGAGCUGCGCGGAGAUUCUUGCAGUCGUACAGCCGCUCGGUGAGCAGGAUCAGCAGCGGAGAGAUAACGGUGCCGGAGCUGGAACUGUCGAGGUCGCACUCGCCUGGUUCGGUGGGUUCCUGGUACGGCGUAGCGCGUAGAUCGAGUAGCAGCGAUGAGGAGUCGGUAACGAGCAGUGGAAGCAGUUUGGGAUGUGUAAAAAGGGGCGACCUUGUCGGUUCAUCAUCUUCGGAGAUACAACUGAAUUACCGAGCUCGUGGAAGCAGUGAUACUUCGUCUUCGGAAGCUAGUGCGUUCGUUAAAGGCGGAGCAUCGAUGUCCGACGAAGGCGAAGUGUUGAGUCAGGGUGAAAUAAGAUGAAAUAAAGUUACGUGUUUUGUAAAAAUUUCA